UUCAGAGAAAGAGGGAGACUCUCCGUAUCCUGCAGACGCUGAACCCAUCAUGUGGGGUACCAAGCUCUGCCUUUUGCUGCUUCUGGGCACCAACACUCUAGCCCAGCAAGAUGUUGGAGGUUUGGAGGAACAAUCACCGGUUUGCUUUUUGGCCAAAAGAUACAGGAACUUCAGACGGUUUGUGUACAACUAUGAAGCUGAGGCCGUCAACAGUGUAAACGGAGCCUCAAACGCCAAGAGCGGACCCAGAGUCUCCUGUACAGUCGAGAUCGAUGUGCCCCAGACUUGUCGCUUCAUCCUCAGAACAACAGACUGCUCUCUGACUGAGGUCUCUGGCGUGGACGAUGGCGGGAACCCCGUGUACCGUCCUGCUGCUGGAGCCGAGGAUUUCAAAGCUGCCAUGGCUAAGAACACCUUGAAGGUUGCAGUGGAAGGACGCGCCGAUGUCAAGCUGUUCCCUGAAGACGACGAGCCCGUCAAUAUCCUGAACGUCAAGAGGGGAAUCAUCUCCGCGCUCAUGGUGCCGGAAAAGGAGCAGGAGGAGACCAAAGACAUGCCCACCGUGCAUGGAGUGUGCUCCUCCGACUUCGCCGUCAACCCGGCCCUGGACACGGCAACCGAAGUGACCGUCAGCAGGGAUCUGUCCAAAUGUGACGGCUUUGUAGCCCGCAGACAGAACACCAGCCCCCUGGCCCUCAUCUCCGGCAUGAACUACCCUCUGUCCAAACUGAUCAGCAGCACUCAGACCUGUAACUACAAGUUUGACAACCAGAAGAAGCACAUGACCAGCGGAUCCUGCACGGAAAAACACAUCUUCCUGCCCUUCUCCCACAAGAGAGAAUUCGGCAUUUCCGCAGUGGUGAGCCAGACCGUGACGCUGAGAGAAACGUCCAAGAUCAACGACAGAAUCUUUGACCACAACGAAGCUAGUUUCAAGCCCCUGCCCAUGGAAGCUGCCGAAGACAAGUCCCCGGUGCAGACCAAGGAUGCCGUUAUUGCCACACUGCAAAAGCUGAGCACUCUGUCGGAGACCAACGAGCGGGAGGAGCGUGCCAGCCUCUUCCACAAGCUGGUGUCCGAGCUGCGCGGCCUGAACGUCGACGUUCUCGGCUCCAACAUAGAAGAGAUGAUGUCCAUCUCCGUGGCUCUCACCCAGCAAGCUCUGAUUCAGUGCGGCACCCCUGAAUGCACCAGCGGCAUGCUGAAGAUCCUCAGGAACUUUGACCAAGCUGCAUAUGAGGUCGAUGCUUUUGUCUACGCCCUGGGAAUGAUGUCGAACCCCUCCCGGAUGAUGGUGCAAGACUUGCUGGAAAUGGCUCGGUACAAACAGAGCAGACCCAUCAUGUAUGCACUGAGCAAUGCAGCCAGGAGACUGUACAAAUCUGAGGGAGUCACCCCAGAGAUCACUGCUGUUUAUGAGUACAUGGCAUCCCUCCUUGGUGCAGACUGUGCAGGCGAGAAAGAUCUGACCUUCCUGACCCUCAGGGUGGUCGGUAACAUGGGAGACGCAAUGGAGGCAGCUGACCCUGAAAUUAAGAACACCCUGCUGAAGUGCAUGAGACAGCCUGUUACCACUUUGUCCGUGCAACUGGCGGCCAUCCAGGCCUUCAGGCGCAUGUCUUUGACCGAUGAGGUUCGCACCAAUCUCCAACGGGUCAGCCAGUACGCCAAGGGAGCUGUGCAGAAACGCCUGGCGGCUUACCUCAUCCUGAUGAGGGAUCCCCAGGACAGCGACUUUGAGAUGGUGAAGAAGCUGCUGACCCAGGAGCGGAACACGCAGAUCAAAGCUUUCGUGUCCAGCCACGUCUACAACAUCAUCACCUCCACUGAAGCAGAGACCAAAAAGCUUGGUGAAAGAAUACUCUACGCCUUGAAGAACACUGAUAUUUUCACGCACGAUGACUACACCACCAAGUCUCGCAACUACAAACUGGGCGUUGCACAUGAGAACUCAGAGGCCAGCAUCCAGGGCAAUGUCAUUUUUGAUCCCAGCAACCAGUUGCCAAGGGAAGUCCUGUUGGAAACAACCCUGAAAGCUUUUGGUUACAGCUUGGAUAUUUGGGAGGUUGGUAUGGAGGGAAAAGGCUUUGAGCCCACCAUCGAGGCUCUGUUUGGAAAGAACGGCUUCUUCCCUGACGCCGUUUUAAAGACUCUGUACUGGGCUGACGGCAAGAUGCCGCCGGAGGUUAAACAAGUUCUGGAAAAAUGGGUCGUCUCCUCGAAACCAGGAAAACCAAACGUCCCUGAAAACCUCGUGGCAGAAAUUGGUCGCAACUUCAACACGCUGCUGAACAAUCUGCAGAGUCAAGAGUCCCCAGAAGCUAUGGCCUACCUGAAGAUCAUGGGAGCUGAACUUGGUUACAUCAAGGGAAACGAUUUGAAGUUUAUUGCUGACAUCGCAAUCAACAACGCAAAAACUUUCAUGCACCAUGCCAUGGGUUCCUUGAAUGGGUUUCCGAACUUUGACGCAGAGAUGUUUGCACACUACAUCUUCAUGGACAACAAAUUCAUCUUGCCAACAGCAUCGGGUCUGCCCAUGACCUUCGCUCUGUCAGGCACAUUUGCUCCUGGUGCAAAAGGAGGCCUCCACAUCUCCCCAAACAAGAAGGAGGUUGUCUUCAGUCCAUCCAUUGGAGUUGAGUUCAUGACCCAGAUGGGAGUCCACUUCCCUGGAUCUGUCGCCUCUGCUGUUGAGAUGCACACCAACAUCUUCCACGAGAGUUCCCUCAAUGCCAAGAUCACCAUGGAGCAGAACGAGCUCAAGCUCUCCAUGCCAGCUCCACAGGGCACCACAAAGCUCUUCAGAAUCAGGAAUAAAGUUGUGAUCGCGGGUGCUGAACAGGCCACAGAGCUGCCACACAGACACGCCGAAGAAAAGUGCAGCCCUCUCUUCUCUGGAAUCAACUACUGCACCAAAAAGCUUCGCGCUGACGCCCGUGACGAGAACGCAGCUCCCUACUUCCCCCUGAACGGAGAGACGAUGUUUGCCAUUGAUAUCAAGCCUACCAAAGACGUCUCGGAGUACACAGCCAGCAUUGCCUAUAAACUUCUCAGUGAAGGAAAGGAGGGCCGCCACAAGGUGGAUUCCUUGAAGAUGACCCUGAGAGCUGAGGGUGUUAAGCCCACAGAGGCUACAGCCACCAUGAAAUACAACCGGAACAGGAAUGUCUUCACUACUCAAAUCCAGAUACCUGACAUUGAUGUUGAGGCUGGGGUUAAGAUCGGCAUGACAGACAGCAGCGCCAAAGGCAAAUCCCUCACCAUUGAGCUCUCCAACAAGAAUGUGCCACAGCUGUCCCUGACCGGCCGUGCCAAACUCCAGGCCAUGGAUGAUGGACUGCUCCAGGUUCAACUCCUGGUGCCGUCACUGAAGGUCGAUGCCACCCUUGGUGCCACUGUGACCAAAGCCGGUGGGCUCACCAUGCAGAUCAAGAGUGAUGUCAAGCUCCCAGAGAUGUCCUCUGUUCAGGCAGUCACCUUCAAAUACGGCGAGGAGGAGGCUGAGGCCUAUCUGACAUCCAAUGUGAAUGCUGAUACAAAGAUCCCAGUGCACUACGCUGAAGCCCUCCAGUCAUGGCUCGGACGACUUGCCGAGGACCUCUUGGAAAAGAAAGUUGUGCAGACCGACAUGAAACUCCGACACAUUGUCAACAAAGGAAUUGAGGCCAGCAACAUCUGGAUCGACAAAAUCUCUCCGGAUUGUCCUUACAUGAAGAAGCUGAAGGACGUCGUUGGAAACCUGGAAAUGCCAUCAGUGCCAGAAAUCUUAUUCAUGAAUUUUGAAAGCAAACUCAGAUACCAGUUCAACCAGAACCGUUUCACGAUGACCGUCCCUCUGCCUCUCGGCGGGAAAUCCUCAGAGGAACUACGGAUCCCACCUGUUGUCAGUGUCCCACGCAUUUCUGUGCCUCAGCUGGGACUGGAGGUGGCCCCACGGGAAAUCCCGAUUCCACGUUUCACCGUCCCGUCUGAAAAAGACCUCACUCUGCCUCUGAUGGGACUGUUGGAAGUGUCUGCCAAGGUCAACAGCAACUAUUAUGACUGGGAGGGACUGAUUACAGCUGGCAAUAACACCGCUGACUCUCCUGAAUACGUGGCUAAGUUCAGUGUCAUGGCUGAAAGUCCAAUCAAGCUGCUCUCCUUCUCAACUGAGGGAACCACCAAAAUCACAGACACAGAAAAGGAAACGAUUGAUGUCACGCUCGAGGGAUCGCUGAAACACAUGCUCAUCAACACAGGUGUCAGUGUGCUGGAAAGCUUUUCUGUCACAGACAAUGUACUGACAACGGGUCUCUACAAGAUCCAUGCUAAUUCUCCUCCAGUAGGUCUUGAUUCAUCUUUGACCAUUACCACCCAGUUCACUCUUGACUCCGACACUUUCUUCGGUGACAUUAACACAGACGGCAGCAUCGCCAUUGGGUCAGAGGUUUCCACCACAUCUUAUCUCUCCACCUUCUCUGUUAAGCCAGCAUCGAAAGAGGCAAAAUUGGACAGUUCGCUGAUGGUAAAAUGUGACCCGAUGAAACUCUCCCACAAGGUUAAAGCAUCUUAUGAAAGUGAUGUACUCCUGUUUGAAUCAACCACCAGCAUGGAUUCUGCCCUGGUCCAGCACACUACAAAAAUUAACCUGAACUACAACGAUGUCAAACUCACCACCCAGUCCGACUCGGUGACCAAGGCUCUUGGGAGGAGGAUUAAUAACCAGAUGGCGUUCUCCAUGUCUGAAGGCCAAGCCUCCCUCAGGAUUGAGAACCAAGCUGAAGAUACACAGAACCGUGUGUUCUCCUUGCUUACUGGAACAGUGAACCCUUCAGGUUUGGAGAUCAAUGCAGAUGCCUCCAUAAAGAUUCUCUCUAGCCUCGCUUCCCACAAAGCAACCCUGUCACUGAACACCAAUGGCUUGACCACCAGCUGCACAACAACCGCCCAGCACAGUCCGCUCACAUUUGAGAACAUUUUCCACGGUGGAAUCGGCGCCUCUGGUGCGACCCUGUCUCUUAAAACAAAGGGAACCGUUCGAGACAACAAGGCUGAGCUCAACGUUGAGGGGAAACUUUCGACCACGGAAGUGUAUCUCAACAGCAUGUAUGACGGUAGCCUGUUCGACAUCAGUGGGCGGAACAGAGUCAACCUCAGGCUGAAUGAAAAUGGGCUGGUCUUCUCUAACAACCUGGUUGGAUCUUUUAGAGAAAUGAGGACCGAAAACACACACUCCCUGUCUCUAACCCUAAGAUCUUUUACCCUUCAAACCAAAACUGACAACUACCUUGACAAGAGCAACUCCUACAUGCACGAUAUCACAGUCAAGAUGGAAGAUUUUGCAGCCUCAGCUAUGGUGAAGAAUGAACUGAAAGUGAUGGCGGUCAACUUUGAGAACGAUGCCCAAUUCAAGGCAGAGCCGUACAACGUGGAGCUGGCUGGGACGCUGAAGGGAAGCUUCUCGGAGGAAGAACUCAUGCACAUCUACGAAAUCAAGUUUGCCGACUUUGUCCUGUCCGCAAAGUGCAACACCAAUGGAAAACUCCUGGGAUCACAUGUGACGCAUAACACUGACAUGGAAGUCAAUGGUCUGACUAUCAAGUUCAGCAACGUGGCCAACUUCAACUCACCAUAUCUACGUGUAGACAGUACAGUCAAAACCAGCGCUGCACCCUUCACGCUCAACGUUGAUGCCAUUUUCAACUCAAACGGGGAGGUGUAUCUGUUUGGCAAGCAUAGCGGUGAACUGUACAGCAAAUUCCUCCUGAAAGCAGAACCAACCGAGUUUGCUCAGUCAUUUGAGCACAGAGCCUCAAGCAGCCAUGAACUGACAGACAGACCGACUGUGAAGACCAACAUGAACAACAAGCUCCAUAGCUUGAUAAGCCUGGCAGAACAAAUGGUCACACUGGACAUGGCGUCCACAGUGAACGAACACACUUUCACGCAGAUGUUGAGUGCCAAGAACAAUGCAGAGAGAAUUGGUGUUGAACUGAAGGGAAAAGUCUCAACUCCCCUCUUCAGUGAGGCCAAGGAAGAUUACACCAUCUCUGGAUUUGUGAAGUAUGACAAGAACAGUGACAGCCAUUUCAUUGAGAUCCCUUUCGUUGAGCACCUUCCCGCAGUCAUUGAAAAUGUGAAAAGCACAAUGAUUAAGCUGAUGGACCAUAGCAUCGAGAUGCUCAAAGACAUCAACACCAGGUAUGAGAUCAGUGCUAAGUUUCAGGCCAAAAUUACAGAACUGAAGGAAACGAUUGACAGUUUUGACUUUGGCCUCUUUGUCCAGGACCUGAAAGGGUUCAUCACACCUGUGGAGAAAUUCAUCACCAAACUGACAGCCCAGCUCCCCACUGACAAAGUUAUCCAUCUGUUGAAAUCCAUCAAGGACGCUGUUAUCGUUGAAAUGAGGAAAUAUAACAUUCCAACUAGAUUCAAUGUCGUUUAUAACAAAAUUGAAGAGUUUCUCUCCAGCUAUGAGAUUGAAAAAAUAAUUGGGGCAAUCAUGGAUGAAGUUGUACAAAUUAUGAAGCAGUAUCAGAUCAGAGAGAAGCUGCAACAAACAUUUGAGGCUCUCAAAUCACUUGACCUCCAGCCUCUGUUCGACAAAUUCGUGGUGCCUGCAAAGGAGCUAGUGAAUGAGCUUUACUCCUUUGACUUCAAACUGUUCAUUGAUGACGUGAAGGACUUUUUCUCAAGAAUGAUCCAGAAAAUUAAGUCAUUUGAUUAUGACACUCUAGCUGUGGAGCUGAAAGACAAAGUGGCAGAAAUGAGCAAGAUCCCUUGCUUUGGCAAACUCUACGGUGAGUUCAAAGUUAGCUCCCCUCAUUACAGCUUCAGCACCCAAGCUGAGCUGGAGAACACCACAACCACAGCAGCCAUGCCAGAGUUUAAGGUUAGCCUGAACUCCCGGGCUGAUUCUACUCUAAAGGCGCUAGACUUCACUGCGGAUGCCUCUGCACGUUUUGCUGCUCCCGAAACGGGCCGUCUGAUAAUCUCUGAAUCCAUCAAUGUUCAACAGUCCUCCUUCGCAGUUGACCACAAGGGCACGAUGAAUCUUUAUGGCCUAUCAGCUCAAGCCUCCGCUGAAACCACUGCAAAGGCAACAACUGAGCUGUAUGCGGCAGAGCUUGUCAACAAUGCGCUCUUUACUCUGGAAAAUGGAGUUUCUGCCAAAAUGGACACUGCCUACAAACACGACCUCAAGUUUCCGCCCCUCAACACCUACAGCGAAAUCACAAUUGAUCAAAAGACCAUCUUUGGGAUCGAAGAUGCCAAGAUCCAGCUCACUUUUAAUAACCUGGCCAAUGAAAAAUAUAGAAUUUGGGAUUUCUCGGAUGAAAUGAAUCACAAGAGUGAUAUCAAGGUAGAAAUGGAUCUCCAGAACACCAAAGUGACCUUCACCGCCGAUACAAGUAGCGGCCUUUUAAAGGUUGAGGAAAGUUUUGAUGCUGAUAUUAGUAUUUUCCGCCAUAUCCAAAUCGAUGCCAAGGUUAAGACUGAUACACCUUUCAUGAAGAACAGCGUAGCUGAGCUUAAGCUUCUGGCUAAGGCUGAAGACAUGAAAAUUGACUUCACAGCAUUUCACAAUGCAGAACUGGCUGGUAACAUCAGAGGAACCCUUUCAAGCUCUGUCUCCGCUUUGAUCUCAGCCACAGAGCUUACUUUUGAUAGUAAGAACAAAGGAAAUGCCAAGGUUGUUCUUCCAUUCAAGCUGUCUGGAAAUGUUAACCUCCAGAAUGAUGUUACUUUUACUCUAAACUCUGAAAUACACAAAGCAAGCUGGACAGGUCUGGUCAAGUUCAACCAGUACAAAUACUCACAUUUGAUCUCCUUGGACAAUGCAGAGAGUGAAAUCAACAUCCAAUCACAAAUCUAUGCUGAGGCAGAUCUUGAAGUUCUGAAGGAACCUUUCAACAUUCCUGAAAUAACUCUGCCAUUCGUUGGCAUGAGGACACAAAGAGUGGAGGGCUUUUCUCUGUGGGAAAACACUGGCCUGAACAACAUCCUAACAACAACUCAGCAGACCCUGGACAUCAGCUCCAAACUGAAAUACAUUAAAAACCCUGAGAUGAUGACAAUUGACAUCAACCUGGAUCCAGUCAUCCGUGCCAUUAAUGUCAACACGAGGGCCCUGCACAAGAAAAUGCUCAUUGGCAAGGACAAGGCCGCCACCAUUCUCGCUUCGUCUUACAACAAAGCAAUGUCAGAGUAUGAGAAAUACAGCAUUGAGUUGCCUAAAACCAUCGUAGUCCCUGCCUACAAAGUUCCAGUGAUGAACGUUGAGAUGUCCUCCUUCACAGUUCCCCUGCCUGACGUCACGCUUGUCACGAUGCCGUCACUGCACAUCCCAUCUGCACUCACCAAGCUGACGGUUCCUAAAAUCACCCUACCCAAGGUUCAGAGCAUUAAGAUCCCAGUGAUGGGUGACCUGACCUAUGAGUUCUCCAUGAAAACAGAAAUGAUCACACUUAAAACCGAUGCCAGCAUCCUCAACCAGGAUGGCAUCAAGGUUAGAUUUGAUGCCUCCUCAUCCUCAGGGUGUGAAAUUCUGACUGGGAAAAUCGAGGGCAACACCAAUGUUAACACAGUGGGUGAAUUUAAAAUGGCCUCCCUCUUUUCUGUGAAGCACUCAAUGCUAGUAGGAAAUCAUGAGAGCACCAUCAUCUUGGGUUAUGAAAAUGUAGAUACCUCUGUGAGCAACUCAGCAAAGGUCACGUUGCCUUCACUCACUAUGGAAAUCAAGCAGGAAAUCAAAGGAAAUCCAGUAGAUGGCCUUGUUGUCUCCAUGUCCACGCCUUCUGCAGGACUCCUCGGUGUGCAGAUGCAGACCAAGCGGCCAGCACAAAUGAAAGCCAGACUCUAUGGUCGCUACCCGUCUCAACCAACAACAGACAUCAACAUCUUGGGUCUCAAGAUGUCCGUAAUGGACUCUGAGAAGCUGAACCUUCAGACGACCUGGAAUAUGGAGAUGCCGUAUGAGAUUAUGCUGGGGGUGAAGAACCAGGUGCCGGAAGCCGUGGAAAUGGUUUCUGAUUGUGCUGUCAAGAUGUACAACAAGAUCAGCAGGCAUGUUAGGAGUCUUAAGGGCUUGUUUGAGAAGUUCAGGAUCCAGGGUAAAGCAAUAUUCGAGAAGGCUGUUGAAAACCUAGCCGCGGUUAGUUCUUCUGAUUUUAUCAUGUCUGUCACGGAUAAGACUAUUGUGAUUCUCCGAGAGUCCCAGAAGAAGGCCCAACUUGUUCUCGAUGCCGUGAUUACAUUCUUGAAACAGACCAAGUUCCAGAUCCCUGGCUAUGAACGAAGGCUCUCUGGACUUGAGGUCUACCAGGAAUUCAGCACUUUUGUUGCCGAUGUAUCUGAGGAGGCUGUUGAAAAGCUUCCUGAGUACUUUGUCUCCAUCUUUGCAUCGGUCUUUGAUUUUGCCAAAGCCAUUGAAUUCACCAUCCCUGGCUCCAACCGCAUCAUCACUGGGGAGGAACUUUUCGAUGACUUGGUGGUUGCCCUGAGGAAAAUUCAGAAACAGCUGAUCGCUAACGUGAGGAAACUUGGAGACAUCCAACUGGACGAUAUCAUUAAGAAAUUCUCAGAAUUCAUGCAGUUUGUUGUUGAACAAAGUGAGAAGAUUCUCCAAACUCUAAAAACCCCAAAUGUUGAGAACAUCUCCAGCUUUGUGAUGGAUGCGUACCGUGACGCCAUAAGCUCCAACUUCCUAGCCAAAGUUGCCAGGCAGGUUAAUGAGGUGCACAUAAUCAUUAGGGAAUAUAUCAAAUCCGUGAUCAAUAAAAUCUACAGCAUCAUGGCCGACGUGUCAACUGAACAGCUUAGAGCAGACAUCCAGUCUUGGAUUGACUUAUCUGUGAAACGGAUCAACGCUUUCCACAACACUGUCAUUAGGACCCUCAAAGAAAAAAGCAAGGAUGUUGAACCAUAUGUGAGAGUAAGUGACAGACAGAUAGAGGUUGACAUUCCUUUACCGUUUGUUGCCAGGUUCAACUAUUCCACAGAGAAACCCAAACCCAUAGAGAAGUGUUUGAAUUGACUACCUUUCUGUCAUAACCAACCAAAACAAUAGUUAAUUUAUUGUCAUGACAAAAACUAAACUCUACAUUUAGAUGGAUGUCUGUUCUUGCUAUGUUAGUCUUAGUGCUGUUUUUUUAAACAUAAUUUUGUUGGUGUUGUCAUGGUAGAUGGACAAUUGUUGUGAUCCAGCUGUGCACCCUUUGUGUCCUGUACUAUUUAAAACCUAUGUGGUCAUCAAUAAACUGUUUGUACUGCA